AUGUCCGAAUCGGAACAAGAGAAUGCGCUCAAUGAGAAGAGCGGGGCGACCAUCAAAGACAAUGAUGAGACCGGCAAAAUCGAACACACGAAUGGGACUGAGACGGUCGAAGUCAAGACAACUGCUGGGCCCGCAAAGCUCCCCGAGAGAAACAAAGUUCAACAGCCAGUCCAGGACAGCUCUUCCUCUUCAGAAGACUCGGAGAGUGAAGAUGAACUUGACCUCUCCAAGUUUGGUCGUUCUUCCAUUCCUGGUCCCUCUGCCGCCACUGCCAAACCAAUUGAGCAACCUCUGCCGGAAAAAACCACUCCACGAGUGACACCAAGAAGAACAUUGAAAGGUCUCCUCAAAGAUCAAAAGGAUCAGCAGGCACGCAGGGCGCAACAGCCCCCGAUACAGCACAAAGCUAUCAAGUCUGCUCCUACCCCGAAGAAAUCUAGCAUUUACUCUGUGUCCGAUAGCGAAUCCGAAAGCAGCAACAGUGAUGGACCCGGUGGUGACAUCCUCGCCAACGGACAAUCUGGGAAACUCCGCCAGCCUUGGAGCCGAUAA